AAACACGAAAUUUUUCAAUCAGCAAUUUAAUUCUCUGUGAAGGAGGACGAAAAUAAUUUUCACAAGAGAAUUAAAGUGUAUUUUAAGUAUUUCUUUGCUGAUAUUACCAUCAAAACUUAGGGAAAAUGUUCGAUAGACGUAACGGAGCUCCAGCUGGUGGAAUGGGCGGUAUGGGUGGCAAUGCUGGUGGCGGCGGCUAUCGUGAUCAGCAACGCGGCGGUCCAAUGCGUGGCAGUGGUAUUGCACGUCCUCGUCCUGCACCUUAUGCUCGCGGUGGCAUCGGUGGCAAUGGUGCUCCGUUUAGAGGUGGGCCGCCACGUGGCGGCAACAAUGAUCGUGGAAUGAAUGGCGGACCCAUCAACAACGGCUCACCCGGGGAUCGUUUGCCUAAUAUAAUCUGGUCUGAAAUAAAAUUGUCACCGUUCCAAAAAAACUUCUAUCAACCUAGUACGACUGUUGCCGAACGCUCAAAAACAGAUGUGGAUGGUUAUCUCACAUCCAAUGAGGUUACUUUGAAAGGUGAUAGCAUUCCAUCGCCCAGCAUUGAAUUUAGCGAGCCUGGUUUUCCGGACCAUGUUUUAGCUGGAAUAAAGAAGAUGGGAUUUGCCAAGCCAACUGCUAUACAAGCUCAGGGUUGGCCGAUCGCUCUUAGUGGACGGGACAUGGUCGGUGUAGCACAGACUGGCUCGGGUAAGACCCUCGCUUAUGUGUUACCCGCUGUGGUACACAUCAGUCAUCAGGCUCGUUUGGAGCGCGGUGAUGGGCCCAUCGCUCUCAUUUUGGCACCUACGCGUGAACUAGCUCAACAGAUACAACAAGUUGCAAACGAUUUCGGUUCCCAGACUCAUGUACGCAAUACAUGCAUUUUCGGCGGAGCACCGAAACAACCUCAAGCGCGUGACUUGGAGCGCGGUGUUGAAAUUGUGAUUGCUACACCUGGCCGCCUACUCGAUUUCCUAGAGCGGGGCGUAACCAACUUGCGCCGUUGUACUUAUCUAGUAUUGGAUGAGGCUGAUCGCAUGCUAGAUAUGGGAUUUGAACCACAAAUUCGGCGUAUAAUAAAGCAGAUUCGCCCAGAUCGUCAAGUGUUAAUGUGGUCGGCGACAUGGCCAAAAGAAGUGCGCAAUCUUGCUGAAGAAUUCCUUGAUAACUAUAUACAGAUUAACAUUGGCUCACUAACACUUUCAGCCAAUCACAAUAUACUUCAAAUAGUAGAUGUGUGCGAAGAGAAUGAGAAAGAUAAUAAGCUCAUAAAGCUUUUGUCGGAAAUUUCUGCCGAAUCCGAAACGAAGACAAUUAUCUUCGUGGAGACAAAGAAACGCGUCGAUGAAAUAACCCGUACUAUUGGGCGUAGUGGAUGGCGCGUGUGUGCUAUUCAUGGCGACAAGUCGCAACAAGAGCGUGAUUUUGUUUUGUCGUCAUUUCGUAAUGGACGGCACUCAAUUUUGGUAGCAACCGAUGUGGCUGCACGCGGCCUAGAUGUUGACGAUGUUAAAUUCGUAAUUAAUUACGAUUAUCCUUCGAAUUCGGAGGACUACGUGCAUCGCAUCGGGCGUACAGGGCGCUCGAACAAUACGGGAACGGCAUACACCUUGUUUACCACUUCAAACGCCAACAAAGCUAAUGACUUGAUACAAGUGCUGCGCGAAGCUAAUCAGGUCAUCAAUCCACGACUUGUUGAGAUGGCAUCAUCUUCGGGCUAUAAUAAUAAACGCAACUCGCGUGGUGGCUAUCAGAAUCGUGGUGGUAUGGGUGGUGGUGGUGGCUACGGCAAUCGCGGUAAUCGCUCUUAUGGUAACAAUGCUGGCGGCAUGGGUGGCGCUCAAUCAUAUCAGCAGCGUCCACCACAAAUAGCUAAUGGUGGCCAAAUGUAUCAACGUCCGAGUGGACCACCUUCUCGAUUCUCAGCCGCUCCUCAAGCUGGCUACGAACGCAACCAGCACACCGGUGCCAAUAAGCCUUAUGGUGCCGGUGCUGGAGCCGAAGGUGGUGAUAAGCGACGUUUCAAUCCCCAGCAACAACCGCCACAGCAGUCUUUAGGUUAUCAGCAGCAACCCCCGCGCAUGUCAUAUGGAGGCAAUAAUGCACACCAUCAACCGCCGCCAAAUCACCGGGCGGCAGGCAGUGCUUCUGCUGGUGCAUCCGGAAUGUACGCACAUGCACCUCCUUCUCAUCAUUCAGGAGGCAGUAACUAUGCCGUUCCCUCUGGAUUUGGAGCGGCGUCCGGCAAUAAUAUGUUUGCUUAUCCCCCGCCCCCAUUGCCCGCGCAAAACUAAAAACCCAUACUAUAGAAGUAAUUUUAACAUCAUCAGUAAUUUAAAACGUAAUGAAUUAACUUCUGCACUUGGCAUUUGAUUAGAUUAAAUUAUGUUAUUCUUGUGUGUGUGUUGUACUAAUGUACGCCAAGUCAUAGUACGCAAGUGUUUUGUAGCAUGACGGAUAUUUGAAGGAGAUCCGCACUGCAAUGCUUCAGUUCAACUUAAACGUACCGGAAAUACUACUUGUUUGGGUGGUUGUUUUGGUUCAACAUUUAUUUCUAAGCUGUGCAUUUCUUUUACUUUACAUCUUAUUUGAUUGUAUUGUUGUUGUCUCUGUUUCCUUUUUUUUUAUAAUUUACACAUCUUUACACCGCAACUUCGUGACAACGGGCUUUUCCAAAGUUCUUGCGCAAGCCUGCACUAAUUUUUAUUUAAUUUUUGAAACUUUUGCAAGAAGUGUUUUUUUAACCGAAUUGGAACUAUGAUUGUUUCCAAUGCAGAGGUUUUAUCUCCAGUAUAGAUCACGGCUAUGUCAUCGAGCAUACAGCUAUAUUCAUUACAUCAACAUAAAUGAUCACGUUCAUCAAACUUUAAAAAUAAAUGCUAGUUAUUACAAUAUAUUAACAUAGUUGAAGUGAAUUGUAUUCCUUGGAUUUUAAUGGAUAUAUUAAUGUUUACGUACCAUAAAAUUUAAACAAAU